GGAACCAAGCCCUUUCUUCACCAGAAUCUCAUAAGAACUGGCGGUACGAUACAUGACUGUAAGCAAACCUGUGACCUUGGUCUCCGAGAUGGAAAUGCGCUUUGGCUCCCCUGCCCCUGCCAAUUCCUUGGGCAACUCAAUCCUGCUGAACCUCUCGUCACUCACAUGGAAAGCCAGAAUGUAGUUCAAUUUCGAUCCGACCUUAGCAGGCCAAUAGAUUGUCCCGUCUACAAAACACUGAGACCAUAUCUCAGGCACAUCGCAAGACUUCAGCACUCGCUCGGCAUAAUCAAUUCCCCUCCAACAUCGCUCUUUCAGAGUGUAAACCUCUGCUCGCGGCGGCGGCUUAGCCGAUUGAGGGUAGACGAUUCGGACCACCUUAUAAUCAUCCCUCCUAGAAUCAUACCCAAAUCCCAGCACGACGAACAGAUAAUUCACAUUCUCUAGAUCACGCCUUCGAGAUAAAGCCGAUUACCCAUGUUUCUGUAGGUGAGCGUCGGCCUCGGGAGCUCGAUGAAGCGCUGCAGCAACGGAUUCCACACGUAGAUGAUGUAAGCGUAGAUCUUGUAGUUGUCGCAGAGGCAGAUCAGUCCGUGUAAGGAUCCGAAGACACGAAGGCGCCUGGGAUCGUCGGAGUUGGCCCUGAAUGGGGAUGAGAUUUCGAUGGAGGAAGACGAAGAUAAACGGCCUGGGUCGGGAUAAAGAGUGAAUUCUUCCUCAAUCUCGCCGCUGUCGGGUGCUUCGCCGCAGCGCCUGAGGAGGAGGGAAGGG